CGCUCGUCACGCAUCAGGAGCCCCACCCGCGAAUUCGCCACGCUCUCCACUCACCCCCAAAACAUAUAUAUCCCUUCUCUUUCCUUACUGUUUGAAGUCGGAGAUCUUUUAAGCAUAUUUUCAUGCUGCUACGCCCCGUCCUUUGGCCUGCAUCCAUGGCCAAUCAGCCACCCGGUGAGCCCCAACCAAAUCCGCCACCGCCACCGCCACCAGCCCCAGCGAUCCAAAUCCCUGACCAACCACCGCAUAAUUCUUCUUCUUCUUCUUCUUCUUCUUCUUCUUCUUCUUCUUCAUUGGCCACCACCGGUGAUCGGGGCGGUUCCUCGCCUAGACCGAUGCUUUCUCCGAGCGGGUCGUCGCCGCUGGCUCAAUCCACAGGGAGGCACCCGCUUUACCGUGGAGUCCGGUCCCGCAGCGGGAAGUGGGUCUCCGAGAUCCGCGAGCCCCGCAAGACCACCCGCAUUUGGCUUGGGACAUACCCGAAUCCCGAGAUGGCCGCCGCCGCCUUUGACGUGGCCGCGCUGGCUCUGAAAGGCUCCGACGCCGCCCUGAACUUCCCCCAUGAUGUUCCCAAUUACCCAGUUCCAAAUUCCGUGUCGGCAGCCGACAUACGCUCGGCAGCAGCUAGUGCGGCAGCAUCCAGGGGGGCGAGAACGGAAGCUGAGGGGAAGGAGGAUCCAGUGGGUCGGCCCGAGAGUGCCAGUGAGAUUAGCCAAGAGCCGGGUCAAGAGUUUAUGGAUGAAGACGAGCUCUUGAACAUGCCGAAACUGCUGGACGACAUGGCGGAAGGAAUGCUGGUGAGCCCACCGAGGACUCAGAUGGCCUCAGAGAACGACUCGCCGGAGGACUCAGAUGGUGGAGAGAGCCUGUGGAGUUAUCCCUAAUUUUAGAAGGUGAGAUGAUCAGGGCUUAUCAAUUACAGUAGUCCUCAUUGUAGACAUAUACGAAUACGAUAUCCAUUGUAUAUGAUCAGGAUUUCGUCAUGAUGGUUGAUCGCAUCCCAGUGAUUUUAUUAGUACGUGGAGUGUAGGUCUGAGUCUUUUUUGGCCCCGUACUAAUGUAGCUUCCGGCCGGGUGUGAGAGUCUCUGGUGAAGGUUUUGCCCGCAGCUUUUAUGUCUGGGGUUGUUUCCGAUUGGCACUUAGCUGUAUAUGGCUAUGUAUACACACUGCCUCUUUGUAUCAUAGAUUGGUUGAACGAAAGAUCUCCAGAGCAAUUUAUGGCGCAGCAUACCGAGUCGAUUGCAAUCGCAUGUGUAUUCAAAGAAGAAGAAGCGAGCGAUGUGUUCCUUCUGUCAUAGAAAACGAACAUUUUACUCCAGAAGGCAAUUUUAUGAGCGUUUAUAUGGAUCUGCAACAGAAUGAAGAUGUUCAGGAUGAGAUGAAAGUGUUUACGAGCCCGGGAUACAGUAUCCCGGGCGCCAUAGACGGCCCCUCCUGGCUCUUGGUGCUUGCGAAGUGGCUUCCUCGCCUCAUUCAAUAGUGUCCUGAUGUUCUGCAUGUGCAGGGGUUUUAUGACAGUGAUCCAAUGUCCCCUCGGGUGGGCCCCUGCAUUUCAAAAUUACACCGACAAUUCAGGCCUUAAAUUGAA